AUGUCGAUGAUGACGAUGGGAAUUCAAGGCCAGCUUCUCGAGGUCACUGUGGUAGGGUGCCAGAAAUUGAAAGACACGGAAUGGUUUUCAAGGCAAGAUCCAUACGUUGUCCUUGAGUAUAGCGGCGCAAGGCACCAAACCAGAACCUGCACAGAUGGUGGGAAGAACGCAGUGUUUCAAGAGAAGUUUAUGUUCACAUUACUUGAAGGCCUUAGGGAUCUUAAGGUAGCUGUAUGGAAUAGCAACACUCUCUCCACUGAUGACUUUAUUGGCAAUGCCACGGUUCAAUUGCAGAAGGUUCUUUCUCAAGGUUACGACGACUGUUCCUGGACUCUUCAGACUAAAACUGGCAGAUAUGCGGGAGAAGUAAGACUCAUACUGCAUUAUGCAGGUGCAAAGAACCAACAUCACGUGUCUGCGCCAUCAGCACCACCGUAUGCUCCUCAAGUACCUCACUACUCAGCACCACCUUCUCCAUCUCCAUAUUCGUCACCACCAUACUCUGGACCAUCUCUAUACCCACAAGUACAAUACUCUCAGCCGCAAUCAGCAUACCCACCAGCUUCAGCCUAUCCUCCUCAGCCAUAUGCUUACCCUCCUCCUCCUGGUCCUUCAGCUUACCCUCCUGCUCCUUCAGCUUACCCUCCUCCUCCGCCAUCCUCCACAUACCCUCCUCCUCCGUACCCUCCUCAACCAUCACCAUAUUAUCCACAAGGUCCCUAUCCAGGACAAUACCCGCCGCCUCCAUACUAA